ACAACUAAAGAGUCUGAAGAACUGGACAUCGACCUUAAUGACACUGACCUCACCAAGGCGGCCACUAAAAUCCAGGCAUCUUUUCGUGGCCAUAAAGUGAGGAAAGAAAUGAAGCACCAAGACGAAGACAACAAAGAACCCAUCUCGAAUGAGAAUCAGUCUAUGGGCGAAGAAGUGGAUCUAAAUGAUCCCGAGUUGUUGAAGGCAGCAACGAAGAUCCAAGCAACCUUUCGUGGUUACCAAUCACGAAAACAAGAUAAGGACGAACGUAAGUAUUGAAAGAGGUUUCGUCAAAUAGUUUCCAGUGAAUUACCUCUUGGAGACGACGUUUCGGACUCUGGGAUCAGUUCUAAGACAGCAGAUAGUCCUAAACGUCGUCUCCAUAACCAAACAGACGACAGGAUCAGCCCAUAGAAACAUAUUCAACAUGUCAAAACCCUGUAUGAAAGUUUAUUAAAAGAAACGACCUCUUUGCAAAACUAGGUGAGGAUUCUGUGUGCUCACGAUAUCCAAUCAUUUAUUAGAAAUUUUCUCAAGAGUGUCGUCUAAUUAUAUACUAAAAUACUCUAAGCCUAAUUAUUUCUUCGUCAACAGAUUUAAAAUAAAUCUUUUCUUCGUUAAAGAAAACCAGCUAGUUCUUAUACAAACAUCUAAAUAUCACAUUAAGUACAAAAUAGUUUAUUUUGUUUGUCUGGAAAAUGCAUAAUUAUUUGUUUGAUAUUAAGCACAGAGCUAUACAGAGGGUGUUACACAAAAUUAAAAUAUAAUUAAAUAUUAUAAUUGCGUACAGAAAGAAUAAGCUACGUCAUAUCACUUGAAUAUUUUUAGUUUGUUGUU